CCACAAAGGAGGCGGGGGGAGGGACACAUACAGAAAUAUAAAUAUAUAUAUAAUAGCGUCUUUUUGAUGCCACCUUUCCUAGCCCAAUUCUCUCUCCCUCCUUUCAAUGUAAUCAUCAAAGAAAGCUUGGCCAGAGGCAGCGUGUUUACAUGGUCUACAGGUGCGUUCGACAGUCCGUUUAGAAAAUGUCGGCUCAACUACCUCGCUCACGUUCCGAAUGCACGAUAAAGGUCAAACUGCCUAAUUCAAUCCACGUGCAAGGUGGCAGUAAUAAGGGGAACUGUGGUUUGUCCGUGAGCAGUCCGGAACUGAGAUCUAUGCUGAUCUAUCUCAACACGACUGUCCCACAAAACCUGCGACCAGAAACACUGUCCUCGUCCCACAAACCUCGGUCACGUGUCCGGCGUAGACUUACGACUGAUAUCAGACAGGCGGUCAGUUGUACUAUGUCAUCCUGUUGUGGCGUCAGAGUCUUUCUAAUCAUCUUACAGAUACUGUUGGGGGCCUUGAUUACAGGUGUCUCCGCCUAUGUUCACAUUAUAAUACCUGCCAUCCGAAUGAGAGAAAAACCUUUAUGGGCCGGUGUGCCACUCCUGCUGGCAGGAUUGAGCAGCGUGUUCUUCUGUGUGAAAGGAAAGAAAGACGAGGAGGUCUCGUUGAGUUUAGUUGUAGUCAAGACGGCAUGCAGCAUCCUGUCUGCGAUCUCAAUAUUUCUGUGUGUCACCGCCGCUGUGUUUUGUGGUAUCCACAUAGGUCACCUCUUCACCUACGCCUACUGUGAGCACGUGGACAACGGCUGUCUCUGCCACCACUCCCAAGACCAGUCCGCGAGGACCUUCUUGUACUCGCCUGUUGAAGACUGUCACUUUGUCUACCUCCAUGUUAAAAUAUUUAUCAUCGCCUCAGGUUCCCUGUGUGUUGUGGGAAGUUUGGUGGCUUUCUCAUUUGUCAUACACAUUUGGAAAUCAAGAUAUGGUAACAUUGCAGGCGGAGUUUAAGGCUUUAGAACGCUGGAUAUAGUGUGAUUCUGGAGUAGGAACAAACAAGUAUUUAAGAAAUAAAAUUAAGAGAAGGACGUCUUUAAAUAUGUGAAAAAUGGAACUAACGAAAAGAAGGGAGAUAAUUUGGAAACAAAUCAGUUUAAAAAGGGGAAAUUUGUUCGAAAAUGUUUAUUUCUGGCACACUCAGGGCUUUUUUAAAAAAUGUAUUUUAAUGGGUUUAUUAUUUAGGGUUAGGGUUGUUUUCUAUUUAACUGAUAAAGGUACAGCAUCAUUCCUAAAGAUACUAUGACUACUUGGAACAAAUAGAGUCACGUACCAUUUUGUCAUAACUAAUAGGACCAAUAUGUAGAUGUAUAGUUAGUCUUGGCUGUAGAUUGCAUUGACUCCAUAUCAAAGUUGUUUUUUCCAAACAGGUUCUGGUCUGUGUUAAUGUGAUAUCAACAUACUGCCUUACGAGACUAACAAACUCCAGAAUGUUGAUUUCAUAUUGUAACUGGCCCAAACAUGGUGUCAUUCUGUAUUAAUGUAUAUGUUUUGUAGCCACGUUAUAUGAGACAUGUACAUAGGGUAUUCUAUUGAUACAUUCUAUUGUAUUUAUAACAAAUGAUAUUCUUGAAAAUAAAGUGAUAUUAACCAA